AUGCGUAUUGUACCGCAGCACAAGCACCAGAAACUCAUUUUGCAGUGCUACCCGCCGGGCAAAAUCCCCGACAAGAAACCCAACCCGCUGGAGCUCAGCUACCUCCUCUACUAUGCGCUGACAAGAAGAAUCAAGUUGGUCAAGGUGGUGGACUUUUUGGCGGCCAAGACGAAAAGAGACGUCAAAGGCGGCAAAACUGGCAAUCUUCAGGUCACCUUGGGGAUCAUCCUGGCGUUAAUUGAGAAAUGUAACGAUAACUUGAACGCUUUUGCUGCCCAGGUGGUGUCGAUUUUGUCCUCCAUUCUCUCCGUCAAGGAGUUACCUCUUUGCAAGUCGCUCGUGUCGACCUAUGGCGUGUUGUGCAGCAAGUUGGACGGCGGCUUGUUUACAGGUGACAAGCUGUUCGUGGAGAGCUUCACCCAGUUCACCGAACACUUCAUCAACACGGGGGUCUCGCAGCUGAACGGCUCCCCCACCAAUAAGCUGGAGUGGCGACUCGUGGCGCUCUCUACGUCCAAACACGUGUUCAACUGCUUGGGCUUCAACUCCCGCUUGUCCCAGAAGUUCAUUUCGUUGUGUGUUCCUUUGUUGGCGCAGACGGUGCUCCUGAACCCGUCGCAGUCGAACUUGUUGACUCGCUUGAACAGCAACUUGAACGUGGAUGGUGACGAGAAGUUCCACAUCUUGAACAGAGUCGUGACAGCAAGAACGGCCCAGCAGGCGAAGGCCAUCGAGGAGCGCUUGGAAAGUGACUCUGUUUCCGAUGAAGAUCUCAACGAGGAGGCCUUGGCUGGCUUGAGAGUGCUUUUCAACACGUCGUUGUCCACGCAGAUCUCGGAGGCUACAAAUACCGUGGUGGAGUUCAACUUCAAGAACUCCUCGCAAACCGAGGUAGACGACUGGGGCACCACUUUCUUGGAGAUGUGUGCGUCGUGGAUCCCAGUUCAGUUGCGUUUCAUUGCCUUGCUGACACUCUUGCAUCGUUUGAGUGCAUUGUCCGAGAAGACUGACUCCAACACUAAGAACUAUAACGUGUUGGUGCACACCGCCAAGUCGGUACUUGGUCUCGUUUCUUCCAACUUCAACAUGAUCGGGCUUUCCAUUUCCGAUGUGAUUCAGCAGUUGCUCACUUUGCAAACAAACUUGUACUUACUGUUGGCAGACUACUUGUCGUCUGACCAGGUGAAGCAGUUGAGCAAGAUCUACAGUGAGUGUGUGUGCAACCUUUCUAGUCACAUUUACUACUACGAUCAGGUGCAAGACUCUAUCGAGGGCAUCCUCAUGCAAGUUGACUCUGUCAUGCUCCACGUUGAGUCCAGCAAAAUCAACAGAGUUCACGAUUUGGUUGCUGUCUUGCUCGACAACAUCUCCAAGGUGAUGAACUUGUUGACUCGCAAGUCUAGUUCCAUCACGAGAAAUGAAGCAACAUUGGAGAACUGGGACUUAGGUUUGCAAUUGCUCACAUUGGAGAAAAGCUACGAAGAUUUUGCCCUGGAGGCAUCUGCUGAACAAAAAUCCUCUCUUGAAUCGAAGUUCUUGCAGGUGUUCAGUGAGUUUUUGAAGAUUGAAUUCUUGAAGGAGGGUGCUAAAGACUCUCCUAGAGCAUCUUCUCCAAAGGCCGGUUACACUGAGGAAAAUGUCCUGACAGAAGGUCCCGAGCGUUUCCUUACUCCAGAUUACAACGAGUACAUCAGUCACCCACAGAACUUCCUUAACAACAUACUUGUUCAUUCGAACGAGUACCUUUCGGCCCCAAGUAGUCCAUCUGUGACCAAGUCGCUCUUGAAGACUUUACAAACUUUGCUUUCUGUCACUGGGAUCAACUUUGUGCACAAUUUCAUCCCCAUGUUUCUGCACUGGCAGCUCCUUGGAGGUGCUGCAUCUCCUGUUGAGAUAGAGAAGGACAAGUUUGCGUACCUGUUGUUGAAGUCCCUGGUGGAAGUCCUCAAUGAGAAGUAUGCCACUCAGUUGAAACGUGACAUCACCAAGCUGACGUUGUGGGAGGCAAUCACUCAGGAUUUGGAUGAAAGGAGAGCUAGCGUCUCUGAUGAUUCUAUUCUGGGAAGCUUGACGAACAGAGUCAGUCAACAAAUGAUUUAUGAUUUCUUUGAGACUACACCAUUAAGCGAAUACAUCAAUCCACAAAAGUCGGUAUCACUUGACUUGAGCCAAAUCCACCAUUCUCAUGAUGGGCGUGAUAAUAAGUUGGCCAAGACUGACAACAACUCAGACCACUUUCAAGAUUCUCGUGACAGACAUGGUAGCAGUGCCACCAAUACCAACGGCCAUGCCCACGGGCUUGGGUCUGCCAAUGAUAUCUCGUCCAUCCAUUCUGGCCUUGCCCAGAGUCCAACCAAGAUAAAUGGCACCGUUGACACACAGACAUCGCUCAAUUCAAAUAAUCUGUACAAUUUGCAGCAGACGAACUACAGAUAUUCGUUGCUUCCGAAAGUUUCUGAACUCAAGAACACUGUCUCUGGGCAAGUUCCAGACGCUCGGUUUCUGUUCCAACAAGACAGUAGUACACCCAGAUCAGUACUUAACAAGCAUAGCGCAUCGAAGGAUAUGAAUACGAUCCUCCGGUCGCUUUCAACCGAAGAGGACAAUGAUAUUGUUGUCUGA